UCCAUUAUCUUGAAAGGCACACCGACUCAAUUUGCAUAUGAAACACGAAAUAACAUUGAAACAGCAUUACAUGAGCAAAGCACGGAUAAGACACAUUAUCUUUUUUUGUAGUGGUUACUGGCUUUUUUAUGAACAAGUAAUGUGAACGAAAGGACUAAGAUUGCAUAUUUUAUUUCUGUGUGUACUUAUCUGUCAGAUUCAAUUUUGUGUAUUUGCCCGGUCCACUUGUUUUGAAAAGGAAUGCACCCCCCGGACAUACAGUUAUGGUAUUUGUAAUUAUUGUCAGUGUCAUGGCAGCUGCCAUGCAAACACUAUCCCAGCCUUCCUCUGUGAUAUCAACAGAAUCAACUCUCUCCACCCAAAUCUCCCACCAAGCAUCCCAGCUGUCCAUGAACCCAACAUCACCUAUGUCCACAGAACCAUCCACCUCAGCUCAGCACUCAACUAUAUCUUCGGCUAUAUCUUCAACAAUCUCCACACAAUCCUUACAACCAAACCCUUUGCUAAACUUUAACUUAACAUCAACUGCAUUCACAAAACAAUCUGUUUUCACAGAAACCUCAAGAACAACAUCAUCCUUAGCAUUAACUUCAGAACCAACAUCAGCACUACAGAACUAUAUGAACCGAACUACAUCAACAGAACCAGCUACAUCAACCCAACAAUUACAACAAACGUCCCUAUCAUCCCUAAACUUAGCAUCAACCAUAUCAACACAAACACCCACCACCACUCAACCCUCACAACUAAUAUCACCUGUGUCAUCUAGCUCUGCACCAAAGAAACCUCCAUCAACAGAACCAUCCAUCUCAACCCUGCCCUCACACCUAACUUCCAAGCAGUCUUCUACAACAUCAACAGAAACGUCAGACUCCGCCAAAACCCCUCAAACAAAACCUCUUCUAUACUCUACCGUGACAACUAACACCUCUGUGUCCACCCAACCCUCACAACAGCCAAGCCUGCAAUCCAACCCUGCAACCCUGCUCAACUUAACACCAACAACAUCUACGGAACCAUCUGUCUCCACGCAACCAUCAAAACCAACACCUGCCUCAUCAUUUAUCUCAUCAUCAACAUCAACUGAAUCAGCAAAUCCUUCCAUUUUCACCCAAAACUCUAUGCCAUCAUCAACCACGCCAACAGAAUCCUCUGUCUCUGCCAAACCCACACAAGAACCCUCACUUCCAUCCUUAAACUCAACAUCAAAUACAUCAACAGAACAGUUUGUCUCCAUCCAAACCUCACAAAUGACAUCACCAAACUCCUUCUCAACUUCAACAGAACAAUUAAUCUUCAAUCAAACAACACCCACCAAACCGUCUAGCUCUACACUAACAUCGCCUACAUUUACACAACCAUCCAGCUCAACCCAGCUCUCACCCGUAACGUCACCACUACAUCCUAACACCUCCACAGUCUCCACCCAAUCCUCACAGCCAACACCCUUGCUAUAUAUUGACACAACAUCAACUUUAUCAGCAGAACAAUCUGUCUUCCCCCAAACCUCACAACCAAGCAUACCCUUAACAAAAAACUCAGGACCAGUAAUAACAGAACCAUCCAUCUCAACGGAACCCUCACACCUAACUUCCCUGCAGUCUUCUACAACAUCAACAGAACUGUCUGACUCCGCCAAAACCCCUCAAACAAAACCUCUUCUAUACUCUACUGAGACAACUAACACUUCUGUGUCCACCCAACCCUCACAACAGCCUAGCCUGCAAUCCAACCCUGCAACCCUGCUCAACUUAACACCAACAACAUCUACGGAACCAUCUGUCUCCACGCAACCAUCAAAACCAACACCUGCCUCAUCAUUUAUCUCAUCAUCAACAUUAACUGAAUCAGCAAAUCCUUCCAUUUUCACCCAAAACUCUAUGCCAUCAUCAACCACGCCAACAGAAUCCUCUGUCUCUGCCAAACCCACACAAGAACCCUCACUUCCAUCCUUAAACUCAACAUCAACAGAACAGUUUGUCUCCAUCCAAACCUCACAAAUGACAUCACCAAACUCCUCCUCAACUUUAACAGAACAAUUCAUCUUCAAUCAAACAACACCCACCAAACCGUCUAGCUCUACACUAACAUCGCCUACAUUUACACAACCAUCCAGCUCAACCCAGCUCUCACCCGUAACGUCACCACUACAUCCUAACACCUCCACAGUCUCCACCCAAUCCUCACAGCCAACACCCUUGCUAUAUAUUGACACAACAUCAACUGCAUCAGCAGAACAAUCUGUCUUCCCCCAAACCUCACAACCAAGUAUACCCUUAACAAAAAACUCAGGACCAGUAAUAACAGAACCAUCCAUCUCAACGGAACCCUCACACCUAACUUCCCUGCAGUCUUCUACAACAUCAACAGAACCGUCUGACUCCGCCAAAACCCCUCAAACAAAACCUCUUCUAUACUCUACUGAGACAACUAACACUUCUGUGUCCACCCAACCCUCACAACAGCCAAGCCUGCAAUCCAACCCUGCAACCCUGCUCAACUUAACACCAACAACAUCUACGGAACCAUCUGUCUCCACGCAACCAUCAAAACCAACACCUGCCUCAUCAUUUAUCUCAUCAUCAACAUCAACUGAAUCAGCAAAUCCUUCCAUUUUCACCCAAAACUCUAUGCCAUCAUCAACCACGCCAACAGAAUCCUCUGUCUCUGCCAAACCCACACAAGAACCCUCACUUCCAUCCUUAAACUCAACAUCAACAGAACAGUUUGUCUCCAUCCAAACCUCACAAAUGACAUAACCAAACUC